AUGCUCAAAGACUGUGCUUUACAAGAAGAGGGAAAGGGCAGUCCAGUGAAAUUAGUGGUGAAUCACCCUUGUCGAGAUAUCGACUUUAAGACGAAUCAAAUUAUAUUCAAGGACGGUUCUAUAUCGCCACCCUGUGAACUGAUCGUUGGCGCCGAUGGUAUUAGGUCGGCCGUGCGCGGCACAAUAGGAAUACAGCCCAAGAAACAGCCAUCGAACCAAAGCUGCCUUCACGCCAAUGUCUCUACCGAAGAGGCAGUAAAGGCGGGACUAGUCGACUAUUCUCAGAACAGUGCUCUAGAGUACUGGGGGGGGGGGGGACAAGAAGGCAAGUGGGAUAAAAUUGUCUUGUCUCCUUGCAACGGUGGUAGAUUGCUCUCCUACUACUGUUUUUUCCCUCGAGAGAUUGGUGACUACGUCAACCAGCAGUGGGGAGGCGAAGACCGGCCCGUUGAGGAGCUUCUCGCCCCGUAUCCUGAUCUGGACCCCCAUAUGAAGGCACACCUGGCCAUUGGAAAGGAUAUUCAGCCCUGGCGGUUGUGGAUACACGACCCUUACCCCAACGUCAACAAAGGAGUCGUUUGCCUCUUAGGCGAUGCCGGCCAUCCAAUGAUGCCUCAUCAGAGUCAAGGCGCCUGUAUGGCGAUCGAGGACGCGGCUGCCCUUGGAAUCCUGUUCCGAAAGGGGUAUUUUGACGGAAAUGUUGAAAAUGCAUUGGCCGUCUACAACGAUGUUCGCUUACCAAGAGCCACGAGGGUGCAACAAGCUGCUGCAAAGGCUGUUUAUAACAUCAACGAGCGCAUCGGAUUCUCCAACAACACCUCGAUAGCAACCUACAAGGUGGAAGAUGAAAAGGCAAAAUUGACCAUCGAGGAGAUGAACGCAUACGAUAUGUACAAAGAUAUUGAGCAGAAGUUGGCCGCAAGAAGAGGUGAGGCUUUCAACGAGAAGUUCCUCAAUGGGCUCCCAAUUGGGCUCGAGCUUCCCAACGGGGUUGUCAUUGGCAGAGCCUGA